GCGGCACUCCCUUCGACUCCCAUUGGGAGCCUACCUCCUGGGAGCACCUCACCGUGCAGACGGCCCCAAACGAUUGCCCCACGCCCGCAGAGGACGAAGUGCUGGAUGCUCUGCUCGACGGCUCGAGGGUGGAGCAGACCGGUGCCCGCCCAGGCGUGGCCGCCAAGCCCCAGGCGGACAGCAGGAAGCAGAGCGUUACCACUCUCGAGACGCUGGAGAGCACCGACGAGCUGGACCCCCACAGGGUCAACGCAACUUUCGCGGAGACGCACCCGCCCGGCGUGGACAGCGAGGAGCCGAGCGACACCACUUGCGGGAGCAUCACGGGUAACUGUGAGGAGUGCGAGACGGCGCUGCACAGCUGCACCGACUCGGCGCUCACAACCCAGAUGGAGACCGACGGCGUGAAAAGUAUCAGCCAGAUGGAGGACAAGAUCGGCUUCCAAUCCAACGCGGACGAACCGCCCAACGCUGCCAGUAUGGAGCUGAGCGGCACCUCCUGCGAGUUUACGGAGUGCAUCGACAGGCAGAGGCCCGUUAUGGUCAAUGACAGUUUCGAGGAGUGCGAUGUGGUGCUGCACAGUGGUAUCGCCAUGGAGUGCACCACCAACAUGCCGAUCGACUGCGAGGAGCUGAGCGAUCCCGCCUGCGAGGAUCUGGAGCGCAUCGUCAAGCUGCGCCCAGUCAGGGCCAACGACAAUUUCGAAGAGAUCAACCCGCCCAACGUGGACAGUGAGGACCUGAGCAACACCAACGGUGGGACCGAACAA